ACCGGAAGCAUACAAAAAAGUCCCGCUCUCUGACAAGUGGUCCUGCAGUCAUGUUACCAUAGGGAUGGAUAGGCGUAACUUGGCGAAGACACUAUGCCUUUUUCAGGCGUAUGUUCGUGGAUAUUUGGUGAGGGAGGAGGUGCGUCGUGCACGGACAGACUUUGAGGACGUCGUGAAAGAGAUUGAUGGCACUUUGGCUCAUUUAAAGUGGAAGGGCGCCAUCAUCUCCACCCCCCACUUCACAGACACUGAUGGCCCCCUGCACGGUACGACUAAAGACCCGGGACCAGAUGUCAGAGCCACGUCACAGAACCCAGCAGCGACAGAAGGGGGGAUGCAUUGUGUACUUUUGCAGACAGAAGCAGAGAGAGAUGGAUCAGGAAAUGAUCAACAAACAAGGGAGUGUUUAGAAAGCAGCUCUUUUCCGGCGGCAGGUCAGAAAUUGAGCUGUGAUGACGUUUUGGAGAGCACAAGAGACUCCACGUCCAUUUGGAGCAGUAUGGAGCUGGAAUCACAGCUUCCUCACAAAGGUCUGCAGCGCUACUGUUCGGCCCAGGAGGUUCCUCACAAUCCAGAGGCCUUGCGUUUCCAUAGAGACGCCCUGACCAUGGAGCUACUGUGGCUGCAGCAGGCCAUUGACAGCAGGAAAAAGUAUCUGUCUCUGAAGGAUAAAUUGAGCAUGGCCUGAUGGGAUCGCAGCUGGACCUCACUGGAAAAUACAUAUGCAUAUGGAAAAUGCAUUACAUCAACAUAAUGUUCACAAUAUAUGACUAAACAGUCUCGCAGUGUAUAUUUUGUCUUGUAUUUGUUAAUAUAUAAUAAGUGAGUAAGUGAAUAAAUAUUUAUUUU